AAGAAGCCCCUCUCAUCACGAAACGAAGACAACACAUGCACGCCAGCCAGCAGUAGAUCUACACUGCACACCCGCGGCUUGUACUGUAGCCAAGAGAUCUACUGUGCUAUAGUGUUGAUCUAAACUAAAUAGGAUUACAACAUACACACACUGUCCGUACGCUGCACACUUAUGAUUUGCGGCUGUCUGUCAUAGUAAUCUUAGUAGAUCUAGACUAGACUCUAGAUAGUCUAGAUUAAAUCUAGACUCUAGAGAUAUUGGGUAAUAAUAAGAAAGUACAAUGGAUCUUCUUCCUACAAGUCACACAGAGUUCAGCCAACCUGACUACUGGGACCGAUUUUUCAAGAAACGAGGGAAAAUCCCGUUUGAAUGGUAUGGUGAGUACCCUCAGCUGAGCCAUGUGAUCCAUAAGUACAUCACGCCAUCCAACUUGGUCCUGGUAGUGGGCUGUGGUAACUCUGCUCUCAGUGAGAAUAUGUACGACAAUGGCCUACAAAAUCUUGUCAACAUUGACAUCAGUGAUGUGGUCAUUCGUCAGAUGACAGACAGACACAAAGUGAAACGACCAAAAAUGACAUUUGAAAAAGUGGAUGUCACUCAGAUGGCCUAUACAGAUAUGCAUUUUAAUGCUGUACUGGAUAAAGGAACCUUAGAUGCCCUUCUGGUCAGUGAAGAGAAAGACGUAAUUGAAAAUAUACACCGUAUGUUUGCUGAAGUGUGUAGAUGUUUGAAGCUUGGAGGUCGCUACGUUAUCAUCUCACUGCUUCAGGACCAUGUACAGAGAACUCUUCUUCGCUACUUUACAGAAUUAUCCUGGCCAAUCAGAAUUCAUCGUAUUCACAUGGAGGCUGAAGGUGGCGGUCAAGAUUCAUUAUCAAUGCCUGUCUUUGCCGUGGUCAUUACCAAGCUGAAAAGCAUACCUGGGAUGCCCCAGAUCGUGGAGGUUUGUCGAUAUGAAGAUCGAGUGGACAGAUUGGAAGAUGUGAAAUAUCUGUCUGAGAUCGUGCGAGACAUGCAGUACUACCAUAUUGUGAGGCAGCAGCUGGCUGGCAAGAUGUCCAGCGAUCAGCAGAUUACGCUGGAACUGCACACCCCUGACUCCAACAUGCCACGGUACAGUCUCACGGUGGUCGACUCACCAGACAAGAUGGAGAACAAAUUUGCCAUCUUCAUUGUACCUCAAGGAAGGGAGACGGAAUGGCUGUUCUCUACUGACAAGGGCCGGCUUCAUCUCACAGCCAGUGCUGGCUUUCAGCGCCUAGUGGUGGUAGGGUUGGGUCGAGGUCACGAAUAUGACAAUCUUGAAGCUAUCAAGGCAGAACUUUCCCUCAAGGUCAUGGAGUUAGCUCCGCCUAAAUGCCCUCCUAGAGCACAGGUCCCAUUCCUGUCCAUUGGAGAAGACAUUGGACGUCGUUUCCCCGUGGCACGAGGGCGAAGUACGGUGAGCGGGGAGUAUCUGGUAGAGGAUGUGGAACUCAAUGGGGGACAACUCUACCGCAGACUCAUCUUUCUCGAUAACAAGAACAUAAUCCAGUCAGAGGCCCGCCUGAAGCAACCUCGCAAGAAAAAGAAGCGCCGCCAGAAGGGCUCCACAGAUGUUCCCAGUGAAGGCCCCCCUGAUAAGCUGAGAGUGGAUAAAGGUUAUCUCCCCAGUGACUAUCUCAUUGCAUUUGUUGGUGGAUUGGCAUUUUUGCCGAAAUUGGAUUCUCAGAUAUCAUGUUUGUUGGUUGGCCUUGGAGGAGGAGGACUACCGUGUUUCCUGCAUGAUGCCUGGACUACAAUGUCAAUAGAAGCUGUGGAGUUGGACCCGUCUGUCGUGGAGGUGGCCAGAGACUUCUUUGAUCUUGUGCCUGACGACAGCGACCGGCUGAGAGUGACUGUGGCAGAUGGACUUGAUGUUGUUAGGACGCUCGCUUCUCAAGGUGAAAAACGGGAUGUGAUUAUCAUUGAUGUUGACAGCAAAGACAACUCUGUUGGUUUGAGCUGCCCACCUUUGGCAUUUGUGGAAAAGGACUUCCUUGAGGCUAUUGGUUCUUUGCUCAGUCCUGAAGGCAUUUUCCUCCUCAACCUAGCGAGUCGUGAUGAGGAACUGGGAAAGAGUGUGCUCGACAGGAUUGCCCUGACCUUCACCUCUUGCGGGAGUCUUAAACUGGAAGAGGAUGUGAACACAAUUGUCUACGCUGCCCACUGCACCAGCUCUUCCCCUGCCUGGCAGCGGGAGAAUCUUGAUGCAGCAUGGAGAGAGAUGGAUGCCAAGAUCCGUAAAGUGUGGCCGGAUACAAAUGUUGAGCUGCAAGAUAUGAUGAGUGGACUCACGCUGCCUGACACAUGAGACAUGUGUACUGCUUAGCGUUAUAACAAUGGAACUUUUGGAAUUUGACUUUAUUGGAUGAGAUGAAGUUCUGUCAAGAUUUUGAAACUGAUUUAGAAGUUCAGUAAAGUUAGGCUUGCAGGCCUCAUACCAUCACUGCACUAGCAAAAUUGCAUAACUCAGAGUGUUGUGCCAAACUGCAACGGGCCUUAUAUUUUAUUUGGUGGUACUAUCAGUCUUUUGGAAAAAUCAAAACAAAAGUGGUCAAGCAGUCACAAAAGAAACCUGCAAGUUUUACCAUUAUUAGGUGAUAAAAAAUCUAGUUUAACAGUUUAUCCCCUCUAUCUCCAAAAGUUGCAAAAGAGAGGUGUGCUAUGUUGCUAGCACAGUGAUGAUACCCUGUCAAAAAGAGUGAUGUAUUUAGGACAAGAUUCAAAAUUAAUAAUGGGAUUUAUUUUCUAGGAAUUUGUUGGUUUUGUACUUUACAAAUGUAUAGCAACUGCACUGUGUAAGACUCCUCCAUAUGCUAUUUUGAAAAGUAACUAUGAUGGAAUCUUC